AUGACAUUGGCAUUCUUGAAAUGGUGGGAUGAUGACUAUGAACAAGAAGAACUUCUUUUUGGAGAGGAGCAGGAAGACAAUGACUUUAAUAUAACUUCACUCAAUACGCUCAAAUUAAGUUCAACACAAAUCAAAAGAGAAAAAGCUCUGUUGGAAGAAAGUUCUGAAUUGUUAUUUGAUGAAUUUAGUGAAUUGUUGAGUGAAGAAGACCUAGAAGAGAAUAUUCAUAGUUUAAGUGAAAUUAUUUCUGAGCAUACAAUUGACUUGUUCAGUGUGUUAGAUAUCAUCAGAAACCACGAAGAUGACUCACUCAAUAAUAAAAAACUGAGAAUUCAUGACAUUUUCUUUGGUCAAAAUGUCACAGAACUUUUAUUGAAUGAAGUUAUUGAAAGUUUUUAUGAAGAGAGUGAAGACAGUUGA